GCGACCAUGGCCUACUCAGCAUACCAACCCAAGGCGCGGGUGCAGAAGCCCGCGCCGCCCUUCAGCGGCACCGCUGUGGUCGACGGCACAUUCGAAGAGCUCAGCUUGACAGCCUACACAUCCAACAAGCAAUGGCUGGUCCUCGGCUUUGUGCCAAUGGCCUGGACCUUUGUCUGCCCAACCGAAAUCCUGGCCUUUAGUGAGCGCGCCGCCGAUUUCGCCGCGCGCGGCGCCAGCGUCGUCUUCGCCAGCACAGACAGCGAGUACAGCCUGCUCGCGUGGACCAAUGCCAGCAAGAGAGACGGCGGCCUGGGCAAGAUCAACAUCCCGCUGCUCAGCGACAAGAACCACCAGAUUUCCAAGGACUACGGCGUCUUGAUCGAGGACGAGGGCGUGGCCCUGCGCGGGCUCUUCCUGAUCGACCCCAGCGGCAUUGUGCGCCAGAUUACCAUCAACGACCUUUCCGUCGGGCGCUCUGUCGACGAGACGCUGCGGCUGAUUGACGCCUUCCAGUUCACGGACAAGUACGGCGAGGUCUGCCCUGCCAACUGGAACCCCGGCGACGAGACGAUCAAGGCGACGCCCCAGGGCAACAAGGAGUAUCUCGCCAAGGUGCAUGCCGACACCAAGAUGGCCGACGUUGCGCCCAAGACCAACGGUAAGGUUUCGGCAGCGCCUUGAGCCUGGCGGCGCGUGGCUCGACAAGACUACUGUAUACAGGCCGUGUGCUGAUAGCCCACUCUGCAGGCACUUGUUAAGGCGAAGACUGGCCGGCUGGCGCAGCCGUGCAAUGGUAUCCUGGCGUUGUUGCGACGCCGUGUGCAUUAAUUGGCGUUGUGUGUGUCGCGCGUAGAUAAUUUGCGGUCCCGCCGCGCAGCUCAGCCGUCUGGCUGGCUGGCUGGCCGCUGAAGACGUCCCUCAAUAGACUGUACAAAACUCGCAGA